CUGCGCGUGAAGUGAACGAAGCGGAUGUACAGCCCUCUUUCCACCUGCGUUCUUCCUCCUGUAAUAUUGCCCUCUUGUUUUCUUGCGCCCAUAUUUUUCGGUGGUUCGAAAAAUCUCUACCUGUGAGGGCGAGGAGGGUGAGUGAGAGAGAGAGAGAGGGAGGGCAGGAAGAAAAAUCGUCUGCUUGAUGUCGAAAUAGCUGAGGGCUGCUAGCUGCUACGCCAGUCGUCUGCUGCUCCAUCGGGUUCAGCGAUUCCCCCCGCCGUGUAUGCAUUCCGAAGUGGCGACCGUGCGAAGACGGCUGAGCCGCGUUUUGCCUCUUCCGUGGGAUUCUGCGCUCUGAAGUACGACACCCAGCUUGUCUCGUGGAAUUACCAUCGACUGUAUUGGGCCGUGCUGUUGAAUCGGUGCCCCGUGCGGAUGUUGUUGUCGUCGUCGUGGUAUGAGGAAACGGCGGAAGUGCGGGAAUGAGUGCUAAAACGGCGGAGCUGUUGGUGGCGUCGACGGAGACAGCGCACGAAAAGCGAUGUGUGUAUCCCCUGGACGUGGCCCAGGGCCUGCUCUCCCUGCGACAGGAAUUGGAAAGAGCGACGCAGGCUCUUUUACUGCCAGAUCCCGCUACACCCGGCACGCUAUUGGUCCGUGGUGGGCACCAACAAGUGCAAACGGCAAUACAGAUGCUCGAUGCCAAGGCGAAAGAUCUCCCCGUCAGGGAAAAGCUAUCCUGGCGGCGGCGAACGUUGGAGUCAGAAGACUCGAGUUACGAUUCGGAUACAGAAAACCAGGAUAUAGCGGCGAGCGGCAGCAGUGCGGCUCACCACGAAGACGUCUGCAGGACUGUGUCUGAGACGUUGGGUGCGGAAUUCGCGGAGUAUGUGAGCAGUAGUGGGGGUGCUGGCGCCGGCAACCAGUAUGCCACUAAAGUGGAAUUUGCCGUCAAGCUGGGCUACACGGAAGCCCAAGUGCAGAUGGCGCUCCGCCGGCUGGGACCGCAACCGACGCAAAACGAACUGUUAGCUGAACUCAUCAAGCUCGGUGCUCGAGAUCCUCCCGAAGAUGAUCUUGCGCAAGUGGUGGCCAAGUCAAGGCCAGCAAGGGACGACGAACUCAGGCCGAUUGUCAUCGACGGCAGCAAUGUUGCAAUGAGCCAUGGCAACAAGGAGGUGUUCUCCUGUCGUGGCAUCCAGUUGGCUGUGGAGUGGUUCCAGGCUCGGGGUCACAAGGACAUAUCCGUCUUUGUGCCAAGCUGGCGGAAAGAGGCGUCUCGCAUCGACACGCCAAUCAAAGGUCAAGAAAUCUUGCUCCAGUUAGAGAAAGAGAGGCUACUCUUCUUCACACCAUCUCGGAAUGUGGGUGGCAAGCGUAUGGUCUGCUAUGAGGACCGCUACAUCCUCAAAAUGGCUGCUCAGACAGAUGGCGUUGUCGUGUCCAAUGACAACUACAGGGACCUUGUGUCCGAGAACCAGGAUUUUAAGAAGGUGGUGGACGAACGCCUGCUCAUGUACACCUUUGUCAAUGACAGGUUUAUGCCGCCGGACGAUCCACUUGGAAGGCACGGUCCUUCACUGGACGCAUUCCUACGGAAGGCACAGAGGGCCCCUCCCGAAGGACUGCCACCCGCGUGCCCCUAUGGGAAAAAGUGUACCUACGGAAACAAGUGCAAAUAUUACCACCCAGAACGGGGCAACCUUCCUCAGAAGUCAGUGACAGAGCGGUUAGCGGAACAGGCUCGUUUACAACUGCAGGAGGUGAAAGCGAGGCAAGGUGUCAAGAGCAGGGACUCCUCACCGGGCGAACUCCUCAAGACUCGCAGCCUACCUCCGUCGUCGUCGUCCUGCGGGGCUCCAAGUGAACCACUACCUCAGAAAAAGAAGACCCCCCUUGCCCGAACAAAAUCUGCUGUCCCUUCCUCCUCUCUACUGUCCAAGGAGCUUACUGAAGAAUGGCACGCACCCCUUUCCUUGCACCCUCACACCCCUAUCGGCGUCGACCACCAGCUGGGCCUCCUCGAGCCCGACGGUGGUGGCCAUCUCUCGGUUGCGAAACGUCUCUCCGACCCAGACAGCUCACACUACACGCUCGACUUUUCCCCUGGGAAGGACGAGCCUUCCGGGGUGACGAACCUACACCGAAAGUUGCAACGCCAGUUGACACUUAAUCCGGCGUACGACCCGCGACUCUUCCACCUUCACAUGACCGCCGGCGGGCACCACCUCACCCCUCCCGUGGAGGGUGGACUGCUCCACAAGACGACAAGUCAGGAGAACCUUGGCCACCGUCCUCUCGGAAGGAGCGACUCUUCUUACAGUCCGUGGGAGGCAAGUCAGCAUCACCACCCCGAAGUAACGCGAAUCGCCAGUGCACCAGACUCAACACGGCAGCGCUGCCAGGCACGGAUGCAGCGGCUGAGCAGCACCUCAGACACGAAGCUAAACGUGUUUCCUCAGCAAGGGGUGCCGCUUUCGAUACCAAGUUAUGGGUACACACCUCAAUGGACUCCUGCAAUACCACCACCCCAGGGUAUCCCUAUUGCACCACGUGUCGUCACGUCACCUUGUGAGGUGGCAGAUGAUCCAAGAUACAAGUUGUACUACCACUUGUCUUCAAUAUUUCCAGAAGAACAAGUAAGGGCAGCCAUGGAGUUGUACCCGGAAGAGACAAAUCCGCAAAAAGUGUGUGCAGCAAUCCUGAGCAUGUUUCCAAAGGGAUGAAACGUUGUGUUGCUAGGUUAACAAAAAAGUAGGUCAAAUUUAAAUGAAGGGGGCACAACUGCUUGUGCGAGAGAGCUCCCUACGCAGGUUGCUCUCAGUGCCUGAAUGUUUCGAAUGGUGUGUGACAAAUGGGUAUUUAAUGAAGUGUCAUCACGAAGGAAUUAAUGAUAUCACGCAGGACGUGAAUGUCUGUUGACCAUUGUGUCACGCUUCACUUUGUUUCUUUCUGAGGAAAGAUAUAAGAUAAUGUUUGUUUAACUAUGAACAAAGCAAAGUGUAGGGGGGCCCCCAAACUUUGUAAAAUGUAAGCUGUUUAUUACAUAUAAUAUUGUACUUGUGGUAUAUCACAAGUCUAGGUUAACACAAUUAUUUUGUCCUUUCCAGAAUAGCAAAGUGCUUUAGCUAAUCUGAGGCCAGGAUCUUACUUCAGUCAGGCACUGGGCAUGGUUGGAUGUUAGGAAAACAGCUGGCAUACAAAGUGGGCUUGAUGUGCUAAAGAUUACAGUGCUUUGGUCACUUCCCCAACAACACCGAAUAUCCUCUGGGUGUGGAAAUAAUGUCCUAACGGAUUCGUACGCCCGAUGGAUAUUCUCAGGAUAUCCGUCGGACGUACGAAUUCGUCAGGACAUUAUUCAUACAUCCAGAGGGUAUUCGGUGUUGUUGGGGUUAUGUACAUAGGAUGCUAUCCUACCCAGGUUUUCAUGGUAAAAACCACAUCCACCAGCGCUGUUUCUCCUUUUUUUUAAGCAGUUCUGCAGUGUAACAAUCAUAACCCCACUUAGCAUAACCCUGCACAGCACAACCGCAUCAUCAUUUUGUACGUUCAGUACUUUCCGUACUUUCAGACCAAAAUGUUGCACGCGUGUGUACCGCUCCCGCAGGAGCAAAAUAUCUGUGAUUUUAUUAUUAUUACUUGGUAUCCUCACACAAUGAUGCUAGGAUGGCCUCCGUGAGGUCUGUGAUGUCUUCUAUGCCAUGUAAGAGCUUCAUUGGCCAUAAACCUCCAUGAAGUUUUACAACCAAAGUAAAACUUGCUUAUGGAUGGAACUAGCCAUUUCCAAACACCAUCAGCUUGAUGCCUUGAAAAGCUGAGAACAAGAUGCCUAACAUUGUACUUACUUCUAACUUGCCAUACAAAAGGGAUUGCUCUGCUUAGAAUAACAAAAGGGAUCAAAGUGUAUAUUGCAUAUUUAAUUUUUGCAAACGCUGCUAUGCCAGAGCACUGGCAUACAGAGCCGCGUUGUGACGUGUUUGACAAACUGAUGCCAUGCAUAACACAGUGUUCUUGGAUGUUUACAUCGUUCUUUCACUGAUGUGUACACAGUGUGGGUAGUUGUUGUCUUCCUCAUGCUCAUGUGAAAUGCCACAACUUAUCAUUACUUCAAGAUGCACUAUAGAUGUGUACACAUAUUCCUGUGUUCCUUUCAGGCCACUACCGUGGGUUGAGAGUUUAUUGUACGUUGUGUGAACAACACUGUCUCGUCAUACCUUCUAUUUUGCACUGAGCAGAACCGUGAUGGAAGGCAGGUUGUGGGUCUAGGAAAAGCCACGGAUCUAAUUCCACCUUUCUACAAUACCAUGUAUUGUUGUUUAUCGUACGGGGUUGGAUCCCCAGUAAUCUUGAGGUUUCAUUCGUUUACGUAAUAUGUAUAGACAUUUUUAUUUUAGGACUGAGCUAUUUAAUGUGUGUGUCUAACUUUCCAAUGCUCGUAAUAAAUGUUUAAUUUUAUCA